AUGGCCUUCAUUAGCUCGAAUUACCUCACAGACCUGGAGAUGACUGCUCAAAGAAUACUAGAUCGGAUAGACGGUCUCCUUGCAAUUGUCAUCAGUGAUAAGGAUGGUGUAACAGUUUUAAAAGUUGCUCAUCCUUCAGUGAGUGACUCUAGCUCUACAAUUCUUACACCCGACUUCCUAUCUUCAUACUCGUUGGCUUUGGACCAGGUGACAAAACUUCCAGUCGGAGAAGCUAAGGCAGUAUAUGCAUUACACGGGGAACAGCAAAUAGCUCACUUUGUAAUAGGAGUCUACUAUAUGAGUUUUCUGGCCCAGGCCAACGCAAACUACGGAAUAUUCCCCACUCUUGCGAAAGAGUUCAACGAUCUACAUUCGGACUCAGUUGGGAAACUGAUUUCUUCAGUCUUGGAAUCAGGCCGUCACCCAAUCGUUUAA